GGCCAGGACACCUGAUCACGUGGUCUGGGCUCGGCUGCGGUCCUGUGGAGCGGAGUGGUGGUUUCCAAGGAGACGUUGGGAGAGGAAAGUGGAGGAGGAGCGGGUCGGUGUGAUAAUGGGAGGAUGGCAUGACUGUGUACAGCCAUAGGGGAAAGUGACUGCACCAGACAGUGCACUUACCUGAAACUGAUUGCUUCAUGGGAAGGUUUGACUGCAAUAGUCCCUCAAUCAUUCCAGGUGUUAUGAAGAUGGACAAUCUACCUCCCUCUAGAUGUGCAGCACCUUAGAUGACUUCCAAAGAGGCAUUUUUCUCUAGUUUGAGGAACAGCUAGCAUUUGAAUUAUGAAUGUGACAACUAUUUGUAUAUCAUCAUGGCAAAUCCACAGUCAAGUUGGCUGAAGCCAUGCUGUGGGAAGAGGGCUACGGUGUGGCACGUGUUUCUGCUGAGUGUGGGAGUGAACAGCUUUUUGGUGGCCUGCGUCAUUCUUGUGGUGGUCCUAAUGACAGUGGAACUGCUGAUAGACACCAAGCUGCUUCAGUUCUCAAAUGCAACACAAUGUUCAGGGAUCAUCCACUGGAUAAGCCUGUCUAUCUUGUCGAUGUUCUUUGUGGAGACUGUGCUAAGAAUAACCGUCCUUGGCAUAUGGGAUUACAUUGAAAAUAAGGUUGAGGUACUGGAUGGGGCUGUCGUUAUUCUCUCUCUAGCUCCAAUGGUUGCAUCCACUGUGGCUAAUGGACCAAGUAGUCCAUGGGAUGCCAUCAGUCUCUUCAUUUCCCUGAGGAUUUGGAGAGUAAAGAGAAUUUUUGAUGCUUGCAUCUUACCUGUGAAAGUAGAGAUGGAGAUUGCAGUGCAGCAAUAUGAGAAGGCUAAACUCAUCCAGGAGGAGCAGCUGGACAGACUGACACAGAUGUGCCAAGAGCAAGCGUUUGAGAUCAGGCAGCUGAGGGCACAUCUUGCUCAGCAAGACCUGGAUUUGGUUGCAGAGAGAGAACGAGCUUUAAAACUUCCACAUGACUUUCAAAACAAAGGCGACAGGUUCAAGGUCAUGGCAAACAGGGAUUCUGAUGAGGAGGCUACAGAGAAUAUCACAGAACUAGCACAUGAGGUAAUUACAAAGGAUGACAUGAAUAAUUAUAUCACACAGUAUUAUAAUGAGCCCAGCAGUGAAAGUGGAGUACCUGGGACUUGCAUCAUCACUACAGCUGCUAUUGAUGUUCACCAUCACCCCAGCAUAUCGUCUGACCUCUACUCAGCAGAAGUCCCAUUCAGCCAGGAGCAAACUAGUAGCUCCAGCAGCUUAACAUCAGUGAGUGUGUCUAGAUCUCCAGAGAGCUCUGAAACACUAGCACAGAGUAUCAGCAGCCAGGCCUUCUGUUCAUCCACAGACUGCAGUACUAGGGAUGAGUCUACAGACUACUAUCCCUUGAACCAAACGUUCCAACGCACAAUGAAUCAUGCUGUUGUUCAAGAACUCUUAUCGUUUUCUGAUGAUGCUGCCUUCAUGCAGAAAGGUCUGGAUCGAGCUAGCUUACAUCUAAAUAAUCCAGCAAGUUUAUGUACAGCUAGUCCCAGACAAGGCCUAAGCAUAUACAACAGAGUAAAUCAUGAAGGAUUUGGAAUGUUUCAUGAUAGGUCAGUGAUUCCUCUUAAUCUUCCUGUACUAGAAAGCAAAAAGAUAGACGCAGAGUUAAAAUGAAGCAAGGCCGUAGAUCCAUGCCUCCUCGGUGAAUAACACUGCAGUAGAUUCUCAGUUAACAGCCAGUUUUGACUGCUUUAUGCAACGUGACCAGAUUUCUGACAUUGCUCAGAGGUUUACCGGCAUCUGCUCCAGAUAUUGCUCAAAGUAGAUCCAAAUUCUGUGUCCCUGUGACCUUGAUUUGGAAAAGAAACCAUCCCUAGAAGCCACCAUUCAUUAUUCUCAGGAGAUAUAUCCAUUCUAAAACAACUCUUCUAUGGCGGACCUCAUAAUCGAGUUUACAGAACUGAUCCAUUAACCGCAUGCUUUUACUGUACAACCAACUUUGGAGAAGCUGUACCCAGGGCAUAUCCUGCACACAGAUGUUUGAUCAACUGGAACAUCUGUGUUUAUUGCAAAAUUAUGGCUUUCAUAUAUUUCCCUUACCCAUAACUACAGAUUUUCUACAAAUGCUGCAAUAUUUUUGAAUGCAAUGAAAUUUUGUCAGUACUUGGAAAUGCAAAAAUAAAAUAAUUUAAGAACAAA